UGCGAUCGUUAUCGAAAUCUAAAACAAUUUACCUAAUACCUAUAACGUGAACGAAUAGAAAGUUCAUUUUUCGGAUAGCUUGUGCUAGCCUGCACAUCUUGAUUAGCGUUUAUGAUAUACUCUACCACCAACCAAAACAUAUUCGAGUUCAUUUCAUUCAUAAAAUUGGCACUACGUGAACCCGGUUUUCCCCGCUGCAAUGCUUUUCGCGCCCAAAAGAAAACUCUCUCCACUCAUUUCCACUCGCUCUCGCGGCAACUCAUUUCCCACAUGGCCCACUCACUCGUCGUUGAUCCCGCAUGCAUAUUCGCGCAGGUUAUCGCUCGAUGAUUGCUCUUUCUUGACGAUUGCCACACCAUCCGGUCGGAGAUACAAACGCCAGAACAGACACUUCCACGGUCCUCAGAUGGACCAACCAGUCGUCAGUCAACGUCGGAAUGUGGUUGUAAGCGCACCGAAAAUCCUCCGGUAUCUCCCCAUCAGCUCCGAAUAGGGUUCUGUAUUGGGUCUCUUCUCACUGGAUAAAACUGACUGUUGAUGAUUAUUACUGUGUUAAAUCUCCAGAUGUACUCGAAGUGCGGAAAAUGGGAUGCCGCCAUCCGGUAGUUUAGCAGUGUGAUUGAAUUUGUUUUCACCAAGAGAAGCGUGUUCAACUGUUCGGGCGGUUGGGGCGUUUCUCCAAACAGGAAAAAGUAAAGUGUUUACGUGGAAAAGCGCGAAGGUUAACACUCAAGUGAGGCGAAGUGCGCUCGAUAGCGGCGUUUUUCCCACGGCUUCGAUGUUUCUUCAAAGUGUGUUUUGCCAUUGACAAGAAAUGUGAUUUCCGAGAAAAAGGGGGAACAAUUUACUAUGCCGAUGUUGACGAAGAUGGACGGAGUCUGGGCAGAAAAAUGUGAUUGCACCACCAUCAGGUCGUAUUAGUAGGCUGUGAAAAACGUGAACGCGAGUGAUGAUAACGAUGAAAAUUCGCACCUGCUGAGAAAUUCGGUGGAGAAAAACGACGGGUGGGAAAUGUGUUUACGAAAAAGUGGAAGAAAAUACGCGAAUGAAUUAAUUUAAAAGAGUGCAUAUUUUCCCAUUACCAGAACAAACACGUUAGCAUUUCAUCACAUCGUUGGGUAGAAUUAUGAAGAAUCAAAUGAUGAUAAUCUACUGUUUCCAAAUGGCAAACGGUUUGAUCAGUGUUCGCGCUAGCAAAUAAUUACACAAAACCAGAAUAUAAAAUAUCCGGGUAAUGUUAUUUCUCCAAAGCAAACAUCAGUGCCAGCAGUGUCAGGAAUAACACGAAAACACGUUCUACAACAUCAAUAACAUGCAACAGUGAAUGUGCACGAGGUAUAAAUAACGCAAUUAUCGUGUUUUUUGGUCACUUGACCGGCGUGGCGUUUCCCCGAGGAAGUGGUGGUGGCCUGCUGUGAUUGAGAAUCCGUCACAACCAGAAGGAAAGGGGCAGCAGCCAUCCGUCACGGCCAACCGUGAUCUCCAAAAUUACGCCCGAUCGUUCGCGAUCAAUUACUCUCCGUAGAGUGAACCUCCGUAGAAAAUCCCAAGAACUCAACAGGAGUACAUCACAGAGAGAGAGAGAGCUAUUCGCCAUCAACAAACAGCGCCUACCGAGGCCUACUGAGGGUUUUGCCGUUGCUGCCCGUAAAUUACCGCCGUUCGACGAAGCCUACUGCGAUGAGGACCGGCCACAAUGGAAGUACAGCAACAGCAGCUUCGAGAGCAAACGAGCAACGUCUAGUGGUUUACUUUGGUGUUUCGAGACCAGAACAGUGAGAAUAAUGUGUAGAGAAUGGCAAUUGUAUCAGUGAUACCAGUUAUCAACAUUACAAACUCGAGUGACAAUGGUGCGAAUGGGACGAAUGGAACCGUUGGUGGUGGUGGAGGAGUUGGAGAGUUUGACGAUGGGAGUGGGUGCCCGAGGCAAGAUGAAAUCCUGUAUCCGAGUAUAUUUGGAAUUGACCUAGCGGUGCCACAAUGGGAGGCCAUUGCAACCGCACUCAUACUGACGCUCAUUAUCAUCAUUACCAUCGUAGGCAACGUGCUGGUCAUAUUGAGCGUAUUCACAUACAAGCCGCUGAGGAUUGUGCAGAACUUCUUCAUUGUGUCACUGGCAGUAGCGGACCUGACGGUGGCCAUUCUGGUGCUCCCAUUCAAUGUGGCCUAUUCGAUACUGGGCCGAUGGGAAUUUGGCAUCCACGUAUGCAAAAUGUGGCUUACCUCGGAUGUCCUGUGCUGUACAGCUUCGAUUCUAAAUCUGUGUGCAAUAGCAUUAGAUAGGUAUUGGGCCAUUACCGAUCCAAUUAAUUAUGCUCAGAAACGUACCUUGGAGCGAGUGCUGGCAUUGAUUGCCGGUGUGUGGAUACUAUCGUUGCUGAUCAGUUCUCCACCGUUGAUCGGCUGGAACGAUUGGCCGGAGCCGGAGAAAUUCUCCAGCGAGUUCCCGUGUCAAUUAACAAGCAAUCAAGGUUAUGUCAUCUACUCUUCGCUAGGAUCAUUCUACAUCCCCCUGAUCAUCAUGACGAUUGUGUACAUCGAAAUUUACAUAGCCACUCGGAGACGUCUCCGGGAAAGGGCCCAAGCAUCAAAAAUCAACACUUUAGCUAGUAGGUGUAUCGGACAGAGUGAAAAAGACACUUGUAUGAACCAACCGGACCAGGAAUCAAUUAGCAGUGAAGCCAACCACAACGAACAUCCGCACAAUAGCACCAGUAGCAGUAGCAAUGAACAUCGGUCCCAAAGGAAGCGGAAGAAGAAAGCAAAGGAAAAAAAGGAAGCGAAGGAGGCGGCGAAACGUGCAAAGCAAAAUCAACUCCGGAUAGCCCUCCGGGAUGAAGAUUCCGUUACGGAGUGUCCGGAAAAUUCGUCCAUCAGCGCGAAAGCAAACUGUGAUAUUAAAUCGGCCACCGGUGGUCCCAACGGAAUGGCUGCAACCGGUACGACGGCAGAGGGUGAGGAUGUCAACGCCUCCGCCACCACCAACGGAGACAAGAAUCCGCUACAGCAAAAAGCUACAUCUUCGGCGGAAACCCGACUCCGAACAAAACAAUCGAUCCGAAGGCCCGGCGGCCUUAAUCAGUUUAUCGAAGAGAAGCAGAAGAUUUCGCUUUCCAAGGAAAGGAGGGCGGCCAGGACGCUUGGCAUCAUCAUGGGGGUUUUUGUGGUGUGUUGGUUGCCCUUUUUCCUCAUGUACGUAAUCCUACCGUUCUGUCCAAGCUGUUGUCCGACGAACAAAUUAAUUAACUUCAUCACUUGGCUGGGAUACAUCAACUCGGCUUUAAAUCCCAUUAUUUACACGAUAUUCAAUUUGGAUUACAGGCGGGCAUUCAAACGAUUGCUCGGAAUCAAACAGUAGGCUUUUCGUUUCCAUCCAUGUUCUCAUCUUCUCAUGAUUCGGUUUGGGGAAUGGGAUAACUAGCUAGGUAUCUAUGGCAACCCGGUGUGGUGGCUCAAAGGAACCAACGAAUGGCAUGUUGCACAUUGUGUGGCCUGCUUCUUGGUGGUUGGCAGCUUGAAUGUACGCAUACAGAGGCACCAAUUGAGUAGAUAGACAUUGUGGGAAACAUGCAAUCAACGUUGUUAUUCGAGAUGAACCCGCACUGCAUCAGCAAUCGAGUCAGAUUGCACUAAUUCGUGUUUUGUAUUAUAUAUCUCUCUUUACGGAAUCAUUUGAUGUUAUCUUUUGCACCCGAAGGGCCGAUGGAAAAUUUCAAUAAUUGAACCUCCAUCAAUGGUAUCAGAUGGGCAAAACUAUUUUAACAAAAUUAACAUUCAACGAGAAAUUUCAAUUACAGUCAACUUCCCACGUCUCGAUUGCAAC